AUGUCGACGGAUUACCAGCCUCAGGACCAAAGCGACGACAAUAAGAUCUUAAAUGACCAACAGAACACACCCUUUCCCUCUCCGACAGGUGACCCGAUUACUCUCCAAGUGGGCGAGCAACGGUUCACCACCUUCCCCUCCACCUUGACAGCUGAAAGCCCUUUUUUUGCCAGCCUCUUCUCGCCUCAAUGGCGGCGCGUCCAAGCUGACGGAUCAUAUUUUGUCGAUGCCGACGGCGCUCUAUUCCCUUAUAUUCUUCGCUAUCUUCGGUCUGGUGCCCUUCCAAUCUUCUAUAGUAGCUUCGGAGGGCACGAUUACGGCAUGUAUCAAGCGUUGCUAGGAGAGGCUCAACAAUUCCAGAUCGAGCGGUUAAUGAACUGGCUUAGAAAUAAAGAAUACGAAAAAGCGGUGAAGAUUGAAUAUUCAGCUCAAGAAUAUGAGGGAUCUAAAAACUUAGCAAAAUCAUGCUAUUCAGAUUUGCGGGUGGAGUAUAAUCCAACUUGGAUAACCAGAAAGGUCUAUAUCUGCCCGAGAGGCAUUUAUAGUCACAGAGGCAACCCUUCAGCCUGCGGAAAGUCGUGCAUGAAAGCCCAAGGGGAUGCGGAAAAAGAGUUCGAGGAUGAGGAUGAACUGAGAACACUGGUCAUCUCGAAGAGAACAGUGGUGGACUGUGGGCUUUGUCUUUCAGAGUGA